AGAACUAGUAUUUGGUGUGGCCACCUUUUUGCAUCAACCACCGCUUGGAAUCGACUUUUCAUGCUUCCGACCAAGCGUGCAGCAUUUUCUUGGCCGAGGUUUUUUGCAUCUACUCAUGUUUGUAAAGACUGCAAUAAAACUGGUCAUUUCUCUAAGGCUUAUUUUAAAUGCAAACUUUACGAGGAAGGCGAUGCUAAUGAUGAACUUCAGGUUAAAAAAGGAGACAAAGCUACUGUGUUAAAGAAAUAAAAAGGUUGCAAAAAGAAGAACAGUUAAUACAGCUGACAGUGUGGAUACGUGUAAGGAGUGCCAUAAAAGCAAAAUCCAUGCGACUGUAUGAAGGUGCUUGAUAAAUGUUUCAAUGAUAAGCUUUUGAAUUGAACCUUAUUUUAUAUUUUUGUGCACUUUAGACCCUCUCUGUAUUCAUUGGUCAAUGUAUCCUGAUUUUUUUCUUUGCUUUUACCUCUCUCUCUCUUGUAGCAUAAAAAUUCAUGAAUA